CGCUUACUUUUCUACCGUCAACCUCCGCCGGAUGUUAUAGUUCCUAUUACCAUUUAUUUUCCCCUUAAACUACACCUAUUCAAUUUUGUCUGAUAAAUGACUAACAACCAUUCUGCGCGUCCUGACCAACCCGUGUUUUUUAACCCGUAGACCUUGUCGAAAAAACUCUCGACUCCUCUGGGCACAUGAAACUGGACACCCAAGCGUUUGAGGCCCCUCUUUCCACGCGGAGGAAUAUAUUGUUGCUGCUCACAAUGUGGAUGGAGGUGGUCAAGAUGUCUACUAGACGAAUGAAUUCACCUCAAUUGUAACAAUAUAAAGGAAGUCGUGGCGCGGGAUUCUUUGGAUACAGACCUGCAACAUUGUAUUUACGACGUUGGUGUUUUGUAGGACGAUGUCAAAGGAGGAAUAACACAUUGUUGCGCCUAUCAGCCUUUAAUGCGCCGUGCUUCAAAUUCUUUCAAGUUUUAUGGUUUUUCCCUUCGAGAUUCAACCUUUCUAUUUUUUACUGCUGGAUGUAAAACGACUGAUAAUCAGAGGGUGCUUUAAAGACCGAGGGGUAUGAACGAGGCGCACCAGAGAAUGGCUACAGUGGGAACAGAUAAGGAACUCAGUGACCUGUUGGAUUUCAGUGCAAUGUUUGCACCCCCUGUGGCCAAUGGGAAGAACAGGCCUACCACACUUGCUAGCAGUCAAUUUAGUGGUUCAGGUAUGGAAGAACGCAGUAGUCCCUGGGCUGCUGGAGAGCAGAACAGUCCUUCUUUUAACCAGAGCUAUGGAGAGGGCUCACACUUCAACGAACAUGAUGGACUAUCUUCCCCAUUCCUUGGCACAGGAAUUAGUGGCAAGAAUGAAAGGGGCACUUACUCUUCCUUUGGGGGCCAGCCAGGGUUCCUACCCUCAGACAUGGCCAUGCCUUCUGCAGAUGCCAUGUCUCCAUCCGGAUUGAAGUCUGGCUCACAGUUUUACCAAUUAUACCCCAACAACCCCCGGAGACGCCCCUCAGAGGGAAGCAUGGAUCCACAACCAAAAAAGAUCAGGAAGCCGCCAGGACUGCCAUCUUCAGUUUAUGCUGCCACCUCUGGCGAUGACUAUAUUCGUGAUGGUGCUGCCUACCCAGGCUCCAAACCUGGUUCUGUGUACCCAGGAUCUUUUUACAUGCAAGAGGGCCUACACUCUUCUUCGGACCCCUGGGCCCCAUCUGGAUCCAUAGGUCAGUCGGGAUACACGGCUAUGCUGGGGAAUUCGCCACACAUCAGUCAGCCAGGCUCCUUCUCUGCGAUAAACCCACAAGACAGAAUGAACUAUCCCUUGCAUGGAGCGGACGUCAAUGGUUUCCAUUCGGGCUCCGCAGCCUAUAGCCACACAUCCUCCAUGAAUGGAUCAGACAGCAUUUUGGCAAGCAGAGGUUCAGUCGCAGGCAGCUCAGGUGAUGAGAUCGGAAAAGCUCUUGCUUCGAUCUAUCCUUCGGACCACAACAGCAACAACUUCUCCUCCACUCCUUCCACUCCUGUGGCCUCCCCUCAGGGCAUUGCAACAGGUGCAGCACAGUGGUCGAGAGCUUCUGGCCAGACUGCUCUGUCUCCUAACUAUGAAGGUGGACUACAUGCACUGCAGAACAAAUUGGAAGACCGGCUGGAGGAGGCCAUUUAUGUGCUGCGAAGUCAUGCAGUGGGUCAGGCCCCGGGAAUUCCUGGAGCCCAUGCCGAUAUGCACGGCCUACUGAGUGCCGUCUCCACAUCCAGUGGAUCUAUGGGGGGUCUCCCUCAGGCCUACUCCAACCCAGGACUGCCCCUAAGCCACAAACAUUCUACCAUGGCUGGAAGCCAUCAUGACGACCAUGCCUGCCUUCCUCCCAGCAGCACCCUGUUGCAGUCUGCUCAUGCUUCAGGCACCCCACAGCCUGGAGGAGCACCAGAGGGUUUUAACAGUUUGCCCGGAGGCUUGGCCCAUGCCACGCAUUCAUCAAACAAGUCCGAUAUUAAGAGGGAAGACAAGGAGGAAGAUGAGAACUCCUCUGUGGCCGAUAAGUCUGAGGAAGAGAAGAAGGAAAGCAAACCAUCUCGCACCAGAUCAAGAAAGGAGGUGUUUACCCAUCAAGUCCUUUCAUGUGUAUCAGACCAGGGAGAAGAUCAAGACAAUGAAGAUGAUGAGGAUUUGCCGCCAGAGUUAAAGGUCGAGCGGGAGAAAGAGCGGCGAGUGGCGAACAACGUACGAGAGCGACUGCGCGUGCAUGACAUCAAUGAGGCCUUCAAAGAGCUUGGCCGCAUGUGCCAGCUGCACCUGACCAACGACAAACCCCAGACCAAACUGCUCAUCCUGCACCAGGCCGUCAACGUGAUCCUAAACCUGGAGCAACAAGUCCGCGAACGCAACCUGAACCCAAAAGCGGCAUGUCUGAAGCGACGUGAAGAGGAGAAAGUGUCCGGGGUGGUUGGAGACACUCAAAUGCAGCUCUCCGGACCACAUCCAGGACUGGGAGGAGAUGGACGCAACUCUGUCAGUCACAUGUGAUCAUGUGAACCAGUGAACUAUCUUGGGGCUCCUGGAAAGAAGUGACCUUGAAUCUCUUCCACCGUUCUCAUCCUCUCUGUGUGCAUAUAGUGACUCGGAAAGCAUAUCAUCCACAAAAUCAGAGAUGCACCUUCCAAAACUUUUCGGACACACACACCGACCCGCCAAAACUGACACAGCAGAUUUUGUCCGUGAUCACUCCAGACCGCAAUUACCAGCACAAAUGUGAAGAACUCUUUCUCAAGUCAUUUUGUAUUUUUCUGCUUCCUUUCAACAAUGGAUCAUAGGAAUAGACCAGUUCUGACCACAACUGACAUUUGUUUUUCCACUUCAGAAAGAGAGUUUUGAUCAAGAGACGAGACCGACGUCAAUUUAAUCAUGGAUUUGUGCCUAAUUGUUACGUUUUAUAUAAGAUGCAAACUGCUUACUUGUGUGGAACAAAAAAAGUUUGGGAGUUGCUUGUAUAUGAGCAAUUUUUCUUUUCAUUUUUAAAUGUAGUUUGUCAUUCCCUACUGAAAGGUACAGUCUUACGUGCGUUGUGUAACCAAACCCCAUGAGAAGUGGGGCGAACUUGUGGUGCUUUUGAGGACGGUGUAUCCCAGCAUGCCUCUGCUCUAUGGGCCAGGGCUCUUUCGGAACGAGAGAAAAGCACACGGGCCAUCGCAGCUCUCCAGACUGUUUCAUCUUCUUGGAAACAUCACGCGUCAUCAGCUCUCACGAUGCCAUUGACUAGUUCAGCCAAUCGGAAGAAAGCGCAUCAUAAACUAGCGUGAGCUUCUGUUACUACAUACAACGCUUGGAUUCCAUUACGUCCCCAAGCACAAAAUUGCCAAGUUGACCUUUCACUUAUUUCCUUUAUUUUUUUCACCAGAAUAUGUUCAAUCAUCACUCGCUCGCAUCGACUCAUUGUUGCCAAAAGUCUGAAAGCGUACACAUGUCCACCUCACACAUAUGUAAUGGAUAUUAUUUCGAUUUGAGAAAAAAAUGUAAGAAUAUAUAUAUAAAUAUAUAUAUUUUUGUUAGUCUAUACAUUGUAGAAUUCUAAAUAACAAAAACAUAUUAGUUUGAAGUGUAGAGUCUAUAGCGCAAGUGAACGUUCAGAGACACGUCGUACGAUU